AUGACAGAGGCCAGCGUCUUCUUCCUCCGUGCCUGCCUCGCGCUGCUCGCCAUGCCCAUCUACCUGCUAUGGUUCCUGGGCAUAUGGGAGCCUUUCUGUAAGAAAGUAUUUUUUCCUUUCUGCUUAGAGAAGAUUUCUUCAAUCCAUGAAAAGAAAACAAAGAAGCAGAAGCAGGAGCUAUUUCGUAAUCUAUCUGACUUCAAGAGCCCCUCAGGAGAGCUGAAGCUGCUGGAGAUUGGGACCGGCUUCGGUGCUAACUUCCAGUUCUACCCCCCAGGCUGUACAAUCACGUGCACUGAUGUAAAUCCCCACUUCCAGCAAGGCCUUUUGAAAAACAUGAACAAGAACCAGCACAUUCACUAUGAGCGUUUCCUAGUAGCUGCAGGAGAAGAUCUGCACCAGGUGCCCAGCGGUUCUGUGGACGCCGUCAUCUGCACCUUGGUCCUCUGCUCUGUGCGCAACGUGAACGGCACCCUGAAGGAGGUACUGCGAGUGCUCAGACCGGGAGGUGCCUUCUAUUUCUUAGAGCACGUGGCCGCGGAUCAUUCCAGCUGGAAGUAUUUUUGGCAGCAGGUCUGUUAUCCGACUUGGAAACUUCUCUUUGAUGGAUGCUGCCUAACGAGAGAGAUAUGGAAGAAUCUCGAACAGGCCAACUUCUCGGAGCUGAAAUUACAACACAUAAGCAUAGUGCUGCCCUGGACGCCCAUUCAGCCUCACAUCAUCGGGUACGCUGUUAAAUAA